UUAUCUGGAAAGAUGUCUCGUGUUGAUCUCAAAAAGCCUUCCUUAUGUACCAGCGAACCUUUAGCUAAGGAGACCCUUUGCCAUGCUCUGUCAGUUUUUGCUAAAAUGGUGAGGUCCUGCUAUGGCCCCACAGGGAGGCUUAAGCAACUGCACAACGGUGUGGGUGGAUAUGUGCGCACCACGUCGCAGGCUUCAGCUUUGCUCGGUGGCCUUUCAGUCACUCAUCCGGUGUUAAAGCUUCUGACAGCCUCUGUGCAGAACCAUCUCGCACGCUUCAGUGACUGCGGCUUGUUUAUGGCCAUCUUUUGCUGCAGCCUGCUUGAAAAAUGUCAAGGCCUGAACAUCACCCCUUGCACUUUCAUUAAAAUCAGCCAACACCUUUUGAGCCUAUGCAUUGACUAUCUUGCGUCUGAAACGUGCGGUUGUAGAAUGCAGGUGGAUUUUAGCAGUUCCAAGAUCCCCCUGGAUCUGGUCCGUAGUAUAAUAACCAGCAAACCUGCCUGCAGGCUUAGCAGAAUGGAAGCCAAUCACAUCAGCAUUUUGGUUUUAGAGGCUUUUCUAUUUACAAUUCCACACAACAUCAAUACUCAAAUGACUCUAGGAAAGUGUCUUUAUAUCCCUGUAAAGAACAAGCAAGUUUUGGAUUCUGCUGUAUAUCCUGGACUUCUGAUAGAAGUGCCAGAAGUGGACCUAAGAAAUACACCUCCAAUCAAAAGAGAUACUUCAGGCAUGAUCAAGAUGGUACUUUUCAGUAUGUCUCUGUCUGGAGACUUAUCUGACAAUGGAGAAGGAGUCAUUGUCAUCCCACACGGAGUUUAUUUAGAAGCAGUAGUCUUAGCUCAGUUGCUUAAUGUAGGUAAGCAAAUAGUAAAGGAUGGUGUUGGUGUUUUUGUGUGUCAGAAAGUCAUCCAUCCGGCUUUGCAACAAUACCUGAAGGAGAACCACAUUGUGGCAAUAGAAAGAGUUGGACUACCAUUGAUGGAGCCUCUGAAAGAAAUUACAGGUGCUCAGCCGAUACCUUCGCUACAGUUUCUGUCUCCUGCUUGCUGUGGCCAUUUGAAGGAUUUGCAAACUCUGUCUAUUGCUUCAAAAUGGUUCUUUCAUCUGAUUCCUAAUGACCCAGUUGUCUGCAGUGUGAUGCUGUGUAAUAGGAAUGAAACAGCGUGGGAUGAAUUGAAGCUUGCCUGUCAAACAGCAGAACAUGUUUUGCAGUUAACCCUCCGUGAUCCCUGGGUAUUGCUAGGUGGCGGCUAUACAGAAAUGCAUUUGUCCUCAUAUAUCAGGCACAUGACCUCUACUGUGGAAGGAAGUAUCUUGGAAGAUCUAUCCUGUUCUUGGGCAGAGUUCAGGAUGGUGGCUGAUGCCUUUUGCUCUUCACUAGAGUCUGUAGCUUGCUCCUUAGACCAUGACGGAGGCAACAUUUGCACAGAUGUGAAAUGUUUUUGGUCUGUUCCGCCUGAUGUCCCCAGCAGAUCUGAUUGGUCAGACUUAAUUUGGAAGUGUGGAUGUGGUCUUUGCAAUAAAGAACAAGGCCUCCAUUGGAGGAUGCUGCAGUGCUGUGCCAGUCCUUUCCCCCCACAAAGUUGUGUUCAUGAGUCUUCUGUAACCUCCACAAACAAUCUGAUUCUGGACUGUUUUGCCGCAAAAAAGAAUGGCCUGCAGGUUGCAGUGGAGACAGCCAGUCUGCUGCUAGAUCUCUCAUAUAUAAUUGAAGACCAAAAUUAGCAGUGUUUGCAAAUCCUAGUGGUGUUCUCCAUGUGCAGUGACCUUCUCAGGUACAACAUCCAACCACAUCUCCCUGCAUUCCCAAAGAACAUCUUAAUAAAGGUUAUAAAGCAUCCCUCUCCAAAAAGAAAGACAUGUAAUAUUUUAUAAGCAGCUAUAGGUGGAAAGCAAAGUACUGUUCCUCCUGCUUUAAUGUGGAAACUUGCAUGUUCAAAAAGAUGGCAUCUUGCAAAGACACAACACGGUCAUUGCUCAAUUCAAAAUAUGUAUAUGUUGAGCAUCCUGUAUCCAAAAUUCUUAGAACUAGAAAGGUGCCAUAUUUUGGAUUUUUUCAGAUUUUGGAAUACUGAGAUACACACGCACACAUAUCAGAACCCAUGUCUAAACAUGAAACUGAUUGAUAUUUUCUAUAUAUACAGGCUUAUAUACAUAGCCUGAAGGUAAUUGUAUACACAAUAUUUUUAAUAAUGUUAUUAAUGAAACAAAGUUUGGGUAAACUGAACCAUCAGAAAGGAAAGGAGACACCAUCUCAGACAACCAUGUGGGCGAUUUUAAAUUCUGGAGUAUUUUGGAUUCAGAAUUCUGGAUUAGCAAUGCUCAGUUUGUACGCCUAUUUGUGUGUACACUUAGUCUUACCCCACAUGUAAUCUGUACAUACAUUGAUAAUGCAUUUUAUUGGGAGGUCUUACAGACUAAUAAGAUCAGAAUGCAGCAAGGUGGUAACUGACAGGAGGCUAAGAAAAAUCAUAUUGUCACAAGACAGUUAAAGUGAUGCUGGCAGAAAUGGAGCUGAAGUUCCUUUAUAGCCACCUUCUGAGAUUGUUAUUGCUGUUCAAAUGAUAGCAGAAAUCUGUCAUCCUAAAUGUUAAACGAGUUAGCUGUGAAUUCAUAGUAAGUUAAUUACACAUUGCAAAAUCAAGCCAUAUAUCAAAAGCAAUGUAGGUCACAACUAAUUCAUUUGAAUUUGUGUCGAUGGCACAUCAAAUAAAGCUGUAAAAUGACUAUUAAUUGUAUUAAUUGUUCUGGAAUUGUCAAAGCUUUAAACUAUUUUUCAGCCCUAAUCUAUAGUGUUGUUUUAUGUUUGGUGACUGUAAUUUAACCAAAAAAAAUUAAAAGGAUCUUAAUUCUGUU